GGUCACUUGACUUAUUAACCUGUGUUCAGAAAAUCUAAUUAUUUCAAUAAAUACUUACUGAAUAUUUAUUGUCUUCUGAAAGUGCUAGAUCCUGUGAUUGUAAUCAUCUAUUGAACAUAAGUAAUACAGGUGCUUAAGACAACUGUUAGUUUUGAAUCUCAGCUUAGUAAUAAUCAGGUUUAUAAACUUGUUAAGAGGUGAUACUCACCACAUGGGUAGUGAGGACUAAAUGUGAUCAUGCAUGUAAGGAGAUUACUUGAACACUUGGCAGAUAGUUAGGACUCAGUCACUGUCAGCAAUUAAGACCACAGUCCAUUUUAAUGCUCACUCCAUCUUUCCAGUUCUUCAGGCCAAAAACCUGAGACUCCUGACUCCUCAUUUCAAAUUGGUAAAUUCUGUUGGCUCUGCUUUCAAAAUACAAUCAGAAUCCAACCACUUCUCAGCUCUUCCAUUGUCACCAUAAUAGCCCCAAGCCAUUAUCUCUUCCCUGGGUUGUUAAGAUAGAUUCUUGACUGGCCUCCUGGUUUUCCACCCUAGUUAGUAUAUAAUGAUCCUCUUCCACAACCAUCAGUUCUCAAUAUAGCUUCCAGAGUGAUCUUUGUAAAAGUCAGAAGCAGUUGAUCACUUCUGUGCUCAAAAAUCUCUAAAAGUUUUACAAGUUUGGGUGCCCCUUUCUCUUUAUGAUGACGUCUUCUCCCAUUUUCCUUUUUGCAAAACCUAAUAAUGUAUUCCAGUUACACUGCUCUACCUGCUCCUUGAAUACCAGGGCCUUUAUACUUUCUCUACCGUCUGUUGGGCGUACUGUUCCCCUGAAUAUCUGCAUGACCCAUUGCUUUACCUUUUACAUUUUUUUUAAUAAAAAGAAUCUCAGAAAUUGUAGUACUUAAUGUGUUCCAAGAAUUUCACAACUGUUAACUCAAUCCUCUUAUGAGGUUGAUAUGAUAAUCUUUGUUUUUCAGAUGAGAGGACUGAGGCAGAGAGACUAAAAUAACUUGCUCAAAUUCACCUUUAUGAUAAGCGAUGGCACUCCAGGUUCUACACAGGAGAACCUGUCUCUUUCAAGUCUUUGCUAAAAUUUCACCUUUUCAAUGAUGCUUACUCUAACCACCUUAUUAAAAUUACAAGCCACUCUUGGGGUACUUGGCUGGCUCUGUCAGUGGAACAUAUAACUCUUGAUCUCAGGGUCUUGCUUUCAAGUUCCACAUUGGGCAUGGAGCCUACUUAAAAACACACACACAAAAUAAUAAAAUCACAGAUCACUCUCAUCUCUCUCUUUACUCUGCUUUAUGUUUCCUUAUCACUUUCUGACACAUUCUAUUAAUUUUCUACUUUUAAAACAUUUUGUGUCUUGCUAAAUCAGAAUGUAACUCUGUACAGUUCAGGGUUUUGACCUUUUGUUCAGCAUUGUUUUCCCAGGACCUAGAACAGAACCUAGAGUGUAUUAGAUACAUAAUAAAUAUUUAUUGUUGACUGUCCUUGCUUUGAAGGAACUUAGUCUAGCAGAGGACACCUAACACAUCAAUGUACAGAGACUAUAUGCCAUAAUUGCCAUAUCAGUGGUAUGUGGUGGUUGAGCGGUUAGCACUCAGAUGGAUUUGGUAGAAUAAAAAGGACUUUUUUCCCCAGGCCAGGAUUUCUAGUAGGGAUUAUGCCUUUUUGAGACAUAGUAUUCCUGUCUUCUAUAAAUUCUCCAUAGACCAAAUUAUAUUCUGAGGGUUACUUAGCAUGGGAUUGGCUCAAAAAAAAAAAAAAGGGUAGUCCUAAAGGCUAAUGUAUUCAUCCUCACAAAGCCUACCAAUACCAAAAAUGAAACAUACCUUUGUGAUUGGAAUAUAUUCUAAUUUGGGAGCUUACAUUCAAUAUAUUUGGUUCUAUUACAGGUUGCUUUUGACAUCAAUCGUGUAUUUCAGAAACUUAACUUCUUGAUCACUCUGAGUAUUUAGGUAUUCUUGUCUUUUCAGCUACAUAUUUAUUGACAGAUCAUUUCUUAGGGAUGGGUCUUCAGUUAAGGAAGUUGAAACCUACCACCGGACGCGUGCCUUAAGGUCUUUGAGAAAAAAUGCACAGAAUUCUUCAGAUUCUAGUUUUGAUAAGAAUAUGGAAAUAACAGAGAAACGUGCUAAUGGAAGGCAUUUUACAAGGCAAUUGGCCAGACAGCAGGCUGAUAAGAAAAAAGAAGAGUGCAAAGAAGACAAAGUGGUUCCGGUUACUCGGUCAUUGAGGACUAGAAACAUUGUUCAAACUAAAGAACGCUUGCAUGAAGAGAAUGGUGAUGUUGAAGUUCGCCGAAGUUGUAGGAUUCGAAGUCGUUACAGUAGUGUGAACCAGUCUGUGCUGUUUGACAAACUUAUAACAAACACUGCUGAAGCUGUACUUCAAAAAAUGGAUGACAUGAAGAAGAUGCGUAGACAGCGAAUGAGGGAACUUGAAGACUUGGGAGUGUUUAAUGAAACAGAAGAAGAGAAUCUUAAUAUGUACACAAGAGGAAAACAAAAAGGUAUUCAAAGAACUGAUGAGGAAACAACUGACAAUCAAGAAGGCAGUGUGGAAUCAUCUGAAGAGGGUGAAGACCAAGAAGAUGAAGAUGAUGGUGAAGAUGAUGACGAAGAUGAUGAAGAUGAUGACGAUGAAGAUGAAGAAGAUGGGGAAGAAGAUAAUCAGAAACGAUAUUAUCUUAGACAGAGAAAAGCUACUGUUUAUUACCAGGCUCCAUUGGAAAAACCUCGUCACCAGAGAAAGCCCAACAUAUUUUACACUGGCCCAGCUUCUCCUGCAAGACCAAGAUAUAGAUUAUCUUCUGCGGGACCAAGAAGUCCUUAUUGUAAACGAAUGAACAGGCGAAGGCAUGCAAUCCACAGUAGUGACUCUACUUCAUCUUCCUCUUCUGAAGAUGAACAGCACUUUGAGAGACGGAGAAAAAGGAGCCGCAAUAGAGCUAUCAACAGGUGCCUCCCACUAAAUUUUCGGAAAGAUGAAUUAAAAGGAAUUUAUAAAGAUAGAAUGAAGAUUGGAGCAAGUCUUGCAGAUGUUGAUCCAAUGCAACUAGAUUCUUCAGUACGAUUUGAUAGCAUUGGUGGCCUGUCUAAUCAUAUUGCAGCUCUAAAAGAGAUGGUGGUGUUUCCAUUACUUUAUCCAGAAGUCUUUGAAAAAUUCAAAAUUCAACCUCCAAGAGGUUGUUUGUUUUAUGGCCCACCUGGAACUGGAAAAACUAUGGUUGCUAGAGCACUUGCCAAUGAGUGCAGUCAAGGGGAUAAAAGAGUAGCAUUCUUCAUGAGGAAAGGUGCUGAUUGUCUGAGUAAAUGGGUAGGAGAGUCUGAAAGACAGCUACGAUUGCUAUUUGAUCAGGCUUAUCAGAUGCGCCCAUCCAUUAUUUUUUUUGAUGAAAUUGAUGGUCUGGCUCCUGUACGAUCAAGCAGGCAAGAUCAGAUUCACAGUUCCAUUGUUUCCACCUUGCUAGCUCUUAUGGAUGGAUUGGACAGCAGAGGAGAAAUUGUGGUCAUUGGUGCUACCAACAGACUGGAUUCUAUCGAUCCUGCUUUGCGAAGGCCUGGUCGCUUUGACAGAGAAUUCCUUUUCAGCCUACCUGACAAAGAUGCUCGAAAAGAAAUUCUUAAGAUUCAUACAAGAGAUUGGAAUCCUAAACCACUGGACAUAUUUCUAGAAGAACUAGCAGAAAACUGUGUUGGAUACUGUGGUGCAGAUAUUAAGUCAAUAUGCUCUGAGGCCGCUUUAUGUGCUCUGCGUCGACGCUACCCACAAAUUUAUACCACUAGUGAGAAACUACAGUUGGAUCUCUCUUCAAUUAACAUCUCAGCUAAGGAUUUUGAGGUAGCCAUGCAAAAGAUGAUACCAGCUGCCCAAAGAGCUGUGACAUCACCUGGGCAGGCAUUGUCCACUGUUGUGAAACCACUCCUACAAAGUACUGUUCACCAGAUCUUAGAAGCCCUGCAGAGAGUAUUUCCACAUGCAGAAAUCAGAACAAAUAAAGCUUUAGACUCAGAUAUUUCUUGUCCUCUGCUAGAAAGUGACUUGGCAUACAGUGAUGAUGAUGUUCCAUCCGUAUAUGAAAAUGGGCUUUCUCAAAAACCCUUUAAUAAGGCAAAAGAAAAUUUUAAUUUUCUUCAUUUGAAUAGAAAUGCAUGUUAUCAACCUAUGUCUUUUCGACCAAGAAUAUUGAUAGUGGGAGAGCCAGGAUUUGGGCAAGGUUCUCAUUUGGCACCAGCUGUCAUCCACGCUUUGGAAAAAUUUGCAGUAUAUACCUUAGACAUUCCUGUUCUUUUUGGAGUCAGCGCUACAUCUCCUGAAGAAACGUGUGCCCAGAUGAUUCGUGAAGCUAAGAGAACAGCACCAAGUAUAGUAUAUGUUCCUCAUAUCCACUUGUGGUGGGAAAUAGUUGGACCAACACUGAAAGCCACAUUUAUUACAUUGUUACAGAAUAUUCCUUCAUUUGCUCCAGUUUUACUACUUGCAACUUCUGACAAACCCCAUUCUGCUCUGCCAGAAGAGGUGCAAGAAUUAUUUAUCCGUGAUUAUGGAGAAAUUUUUAAUGUCCAGUUACCUGGUAAAGAAGAACGGACAAAAUUUUUUGAAGAUUUAAUUCUAAAGCAAGCUGCUAAACCUCCUGUAUCAAAAAAGAAAGCAGUUUUGCAGGCCUUGGAGGUUCUCCCUGUGGCACCACCACCUGAGCCAAGACCUCUAACAGCAGAAGAAGUGAAACGACUAGAAGAACAAGAAGAAGAUACAUUUAGAGAACUGAGGAUUUUCUUGAGAAAUGUUACACAUAGGCUUGCUAUUGACAAGCGAUUCAGAGUAUUUACUAAACCUGUUGACCCUGAUGAGGUUCCUGAUUAUGUCACUGUGAUAAAGCAACCAAUGGACCUUUCAUCUGUAAUCAGUAAAAUUGAUCUCCACAAGUAUCUGACUGUGAAAGACUAUUUGAGUGAUAUUGAUCUGAUCUGUAGUAAUGCUUUAGAAUACAAUCCGGAUAGGGAUCCUGGAGAUCGUCUAAUUAGGCAUAGAGCCUGUGCUUUAAGAGAUACUGCCUAUGCAAUAAUUAAAGAAGAACUUGAUGAAGACUUUGAGCAGCUUUGUGAAGAAAUUCAGGAAUCUAGAAAGAAGAGAGGUUGUAGCUCCUCCAAAUAUGCCCCAUCUUACUAUCAUGUGAUGCCAAAGCAAAAUUCCACCUCUGUUGGUGAUAAAAGAUCAGAAUCAGAGCAGAAUGAUAAACUAAAGACACCCAGUACUCCUGUGGCUUGCAGUACUCCUGCUCAGUUAAAGAGGAAAAUCCGCAAAAAGUCAAAGUGGUACUUAGGCACCAUAACAAAACGAAGGAGGAUUUCACAGGUGAAAGAUGAGAGCCAAAAUGUCACAGAUGACAAAAUUGAGAGUGAUACAGAGGAAAAUCAAGACACAAGUGUAGACCACAAUGAGACUGGAAACACAGGAGAGUCCUCAGUGGAAGAAAAUGAGAAACAGCAAAAUGCCUCUGAAAGCAAAAUAGAAUUGGGGAAUAAUAACUCAAGUAUUUGUGAUAUUGAGCAUGAACUUGAAGAAUCUGGGAAAACUACAGCAUGCACAGAAUUGAGGAAAGAUAAAAUUGUUUGCAACGGAGAUGCUUCUGGCUCUCAGAUAAUAGAUAUUUCUGAUGAAAAUGAAGCUAAAGAAAUGUGCAUUCUGCGAAUGACUCGAGCUAGACGUUCCCAAGUAGAGCAACAGCAACUCAUCAGUGUUGAAAAGGCUUUGGCAAUUCUUUCCCAGCCUACACCCUCACUUGUUGUGGACCAGGAGCGAUUAAAAAAUCUUUUGAAGACUGUUGUUAAAAAAAGUCGAGAAUACAAUAUUUUUCAGUUGGAGAAUUUAUAUGCAGUAAUCAGCCAAUGUAUUUAUCAGCAUCGCAUGGACUAUGACAAAACGGCACUUAUUCAGAAAAUGGAGCAAGAGGUAGAAAACUUCAGUUGUUCCAGAUCAUGAUGUCUUGGUAUCAAAUAUUCUUUAUAUUCAGUUCCUAUUUAAUUCACCUUUGUUGUGUCCGUAUAACUCGUGCGAGAUGAAAUCCUGCAUCUUUAAGGAAAAGAUUAAAAUAGUAAAUAAAAAUAUUUAAGCUUUCUUGGUAUUUAUGUACAUGUGUAAGAUAAAUUACAGAGAUAACUGAUAAAUAUUGAAAGUUUGAUUGAAAAAGGCACUGUAGUAAUAGUAAUUCUGUAGCAUAUGAAGUGUGGCCAACUCUUAAUAAAAGUAAUUUUGAUAACUAAUGUUUUAUGGCACUUAAGAGUAAUUAGUGACAUUGAUAUUUUUUGUUUUGAGCACUUUUAAGUUUUUUCCUUCCUAAAAAUAGUUUCUUGUAUCAGACUAGAAACUUAAUCAUUGUGUCUUUGCCAUUCUUUUUUUUUUUUUAAUUCCCAUCUCUCAUUUUCCUUUAGCUUUCUUUGCCCAGUUACUUAAAAGCCAGGACUCAAGUCAUGAUUUGUGGGAAGGUCCUUGAACAACUUCUGUACAUGAAUGUCAAAAUUGAUGCUUUUUAGAUAAACAUUUUUAUAACUCUAAUUUGGGUUAAUAAAGAUUUUAAAUAUU